UCUCUCUGUUAAAUAAAUAAAGUCUUUAAAACAAACAAACAAACAAACAAAAACACAAAAAACCUUGGGUUAUGCUGCAAGCGACCGGCAGAGGCAGGAUUUGAAUUCGUGUCUGACUGGUUAAAGCAACUUUUAAUCACUAUUUGAUAAUUAUUUAAUUAUUAUUUUCAGCCCCAAAUCUGGCGAACACUUUGCCAUCUCUAGUAUCCUCAUCCGUUGUGUUUCCCUAGGUUCUCUUCCCCUCUUCGAGCCCCGCCCCAUGUCCUUUCCGCCCCUUCAUCCCCAGGUUCGCCCGCACUCCUCUACUACCCUGUCUUCUUCCCUAUUCCAGUCUCAGUCACCCCCAUUCCUAAGAUCCUUGUCCCUUUCUUUCUUUCUUUCUUUUUUUUUUUUUUUGAGACCCUCGUCCCUAGUAUUCCCUAUUUCUCUCUACUUCUGAAAUUCUCCCUCCUCCUGUGGGGUCCUCGUCCGCACUCCCCCAGGCCCCGACCCCAGCACCAGAAGAACCUCUCACGCCGGGAAGGGCACCUCCCUUGCCCAGAGGCAGCGCGGGGCACGCAGCAAGCGCACGUAAAGAGCGCAGCGCGUUGGGGCUGCAGUCAGAGGGGAGCCGCGGGGUCCUCCCGCUCCUCGGCAGCCCCCGGGCGCGGUGCAGUCUGGGGGAACAUGGCCGCUUCCGGUCUCCCUCCCGGGCCGGCGCUAGCCUGACCGCGGCCUCGGCCCGGCGCACUCCGCCCUCCGCUGCUCCCGCCCCGCAGCCGCGGAGGUCGCUUCAGCCUUUCCCUCCUGCUGCCCCCGCCGCGCCAUGGAGAAGAGCUCGAGCUGCGAGAGUCUUGGCUCCCAGCCGGCCGCAGCGCGGCCGCCCAGCGUGGAUUCCCUGUCCAGUGCUUCCACUUCUCAUUCAGAGAAUUCAGUGCAUACAAAAUCAGCUUCUGUAGUAUCAUCGGAUUCCAUUUCAACUUCUGCAGACAACUUUUCUCCUGAUUUGAGGGUCCUGAGGGAAUCUAACAAAUUAGCAGAAAUGGAAGAACCACCCUUGCUUCCGGGAGAAAAUAUUAAAGACAUGGCCAAAGAUGUAACUUAUAUAUGUCCAUUCACUGGUGCUGUCCGAGGAACUCUGACUGUCACGAAUUACAGGUUAUAUUUUAAAAGCAUGGAACGGGAUCCCCCAUUUGUUUUAGAUGCCUCUCUUGGUGUGAUAAGUAGAGUAGAAAAAAUUGGUGGUGCUUCUAGUCGAGGUGAAAAUUCUUAUGGACUCGAAACUGUGUGUAAGGAUAUUCGGAAUUUACGGUUUGCUCAUAAACCUGAGGGGCGAACAAGAAGAUCCAUUUUUGAGAAUCUAAUGAAAUACGCAUUUCCUGUCUCUAAUAACCUGCCUCUUUUUGCUUUUGAGUAUAAAGAAGUAUUCCCUGAAAAUGGGUGGAAGCUAUAUGACUCUCUUUUAGAGUAUAGAAGACAGGGAAUCCCGAAUGAAAGCUGGAGAAUAACAAAGAUAAAUGAACGCUAUGAACUUUGUGAUACAUACCCUGCCCUCUUGGUUGUGCCAGCAAAUAUUCCUGAUGAAGAAUUGAAAAGAGUGGCAUCCUUCAGGUCAAGGGGCCGUAUCCCAGUUUUAUCAUGGAUUCAUCCUGAAAGUCAAGCCACUAUCACUCGGUGUAGCCAGCCCAUGGUAGGAGUGAGUGGAAAGAGAAGCAAAGAAGAUGAAAAAUACCUUCAAGCUAUCAUGGACUCCAAUGCCCAGUCUCAUAAAAUCUUUAUAUUUGAUGCCCGGCCAAGUGUCAAUGCUGUUGCCAAUAAGGCGAAGGGUGGAGGUUAUGAGAGCGAAGAUGCCUAUCAAAAUGCAGAACUAGUUUUUCUGGAUAUCCACAAUAUUCAUGUUAUGAGAGAAUCUUUACGAAAACUUAAGGAGAUUGUGUACCCUAACAUUGAGGAGACUCACUGGCUGUCUAACUUGGAAUCUACUCACUGGCUUGAACAUAUUAAGCUCAUUCUCGCGGGCGCUCUUCGGAUUGCUGACAGAGUCGAGUCCGGGAAGACGUCUGUGGUGGUGCACUGCAGCGACGGCUGGGACCGCACGGCCCAGCUGACUUCCCUGGCCAUGCUCAUGCUGGAUGGCUACUAUCGAAGCAUCCGAGGCUUCGAGGUCCUUGUGGAGAAAGAGUGGCUGAGCUUUGGACAUCGAUUUCAGCUUAGACUUGGCCAUGGAGAUAAGAACCAUGCAGAUGCAGACAGAUCACCUGUUUUCCUUCAGUUUAUUGACUGUGUCUGGCAAAUGACAAGACAGUUUCCUACAGCAUUUGAAUUCAAUGAAUAUUUUCUCAUUACCAUUUUGGACCAUCUAUAUAGCUGUUUAUUUGGAACAUUCCUCUGUAACAGUGAACUUCAGAGAGGAAAAGAGAAUCUUCCUAAGAGGACUGUGUCACUGUGGUCUUACAUAAAUAGCCAGCUGGAAGACUUCACUAAUCCUCUCUACGGGAGCUACUCCAAUCAUGUCCUUUACCCGGUAGCCAGCAUGCGCCACCUAGAGCUCUGGGUGGGCUAUUACGUCAGGUGGAAUCCCCGGAUGAAACCGCAGGAGCCCAUUCACAACAGAUAUAAAGAACUUCUUGCUAAACGAGCAGAGCUUCAGAAAAAAGUAGAGGAACUACAGAGAGAGAUUUCCAACCGAUCAACCUCCUCCUCCGAGAGGGCCAGUUCUCCUGCACAGUGUGUCACUCCUGUCCAAACUGUUGUGUGAGGGGACUGUCCGAGGGGGUCAGCAUGGCCAUGAACUCCGCAUUACAGUGGCAGCUUUAGGAGUAUACGGUCUUCUGAAGUUAGAACCCAGCCCUGGGAGAAGUGCAGUUGCUUUAUUUAUUUUAAAUCUCUCCAGGAGGGGUUUAGAACUGGGGCAGUGCAGGUGGCGUACGUGAAGUAACGCCCUAUGUAAUUCCACGAUGAUGACACUAAUCUUCUGAGUCACCCAAAGAAUAUUUAGAUGCUUCAUUACCAGAUCCACGGUGGGAGCAAGUUUCUGAUUUUAAAAUCAAAAUACAGACACUUCGGAAACACGCCUCCUGCUGGAAGAGAACUGGCUGCACAGAGGGAAGGAGCAUCCCAGUGAAGCUCAGCGCACCGACACUGCAGUUCCCUGCCAUGACACGUUGAGCCUCAACGGGACGAAAGCUCAGAAUCACAUGAUACUCCCUUCCCCCGUCGUGGGUUUUUCUUUUCUGUAAUAGUGAUUUACUUUCAUCACCUUUCUGCACCCACACUCUUCAUAUAUGAUAUGGCAAAGAUCUGAGGAUACUAUGGCAUAGUAGUAGUUGAAAAUUAUUGCUGUCCUUACUGGCAUAUGUAUUUAAGAUGUAGUAGAUAGCUGUCCGAAUGGAUGCCUUAGAGAUGUGCUUGGGAGCGGGCGCGGGAUUGAGAGGCGGAAGCAGUAGCCGCCCAGGACUUCAAAGAAUUCCACACCCUUCAGAUUAGUUUCCAUUUGCCCAGUUACUAGAAACAUAAUGAAACAUAUUUACAAAUUCAUUAUUCCCUUUAUUGCAUUUAUGGUUUUUUGUGUGUGUGUCUGAACACAGAAGUUAAUUGGCUGAGUUUUGAGGCAAUAUUUUAAAAGUUUACUAGGAUUGACUUUUUUCCUGAAAUCUGUAUAAAUAGCUUAUGGGUGGGAAAUAUGCUCAAAUUUUACAUGAGAUAUUUUACUACUUUACUUUGCAAAUUCUGUAAUUCUACUGAAAGAUUAAGUCUACCAAAGAAUUUACUGCAUGUACAAAUAUGUUACAAUCCCAAUGCCAGUAAAGGAGAUACUGCUUCACUGUUCACCUGCCAGUAACAGUUCAGCACUGGUGUAAACAUUUGACUCCCUGAUACCUUAAGAGCCAUAUGUUAUGUACUGUAACAAAGGAGCUUCUUGUCCCUUGGUUCUUUAAUUAAAAGGAAAUUUCAACUGACUUUUAAAA